AUGGCUACCCAUAUUUGUCUCUCUCUUUGCUUCUUCUACGUCACAACCCUCCACCUUGUUUCCACGUUAGCUCAGUCUGAUAAUUAUAUAAUACACAUGGACAUAUCAGCCAUGCCCAAAGCAUUCUCCAACCAACAGACUUGGUAUCUAUCCACUCUUUCUUUAGCAUUGAUAAAUUCCAAAUCCACCGCUAAUGAUGAUCUUAAAUCUAUUAUUUCUUCCAAGCUGCUUUACUCCUACACCAAUGUCCUCAAUGGUUUCAGUGCAAACCUGUCACCUAAAGAGCUUGAAACUCUUAAAGCCUCGCCGGGUUAUGUCUCUUGCAUGCGAGAUUUACCAGCCAAGCGUGACACAACGCACUCACCGGCCUUCCUUGGCCUCAACCCCUAUGUAGGGGCAUGGCCAGCGGCACAAUUUGGCAAGGAUGUCAUUGUUGGUGUGGUGGACACUGGAAUUACGCCAGAGAGUGAAAGCUUCAAAGACAAUGGAAUGAGUAUAGCUCCUUCAAGAUGGAAAGGCCAAUGUGAAAGUAGCAUCAAAUGCAACAACAAACUCAUUGGAGCAAGGUUCUUUAACAAAGGGUUGUUGGCAAAGCGUCACAACAUCACCAUAGUGAACUCAACACGUGACACUGAUGGGCAUGGAACUCACACGUCAAGCACUGCAGCUGGGAGCGUAGUUGAGGGUGCAUCAUACUUUGGCUAUGCUCCUGGAUCAGCCACAGGAAUAGCUUCAAGUGCGAGAGUGGCCAUGUACAAGGCCCUGUGGGAUGAAGGAGCUUACACGUCUGAUAUUAUAGCUGCAAUUGAUAGUGCAAUAUCUGAUGGGGUAGAUGUUCUUUCCUUGUCAUUUGGCUUUGAUGAUACACCUCUGUACGAGGACCCUGUUGCAAUAGCCACGUUUGCAGCUAUGGAGAAAAACAUUUUUGUGUCCACGUCAGCAGGGAACGAAGGUCCUUACCUUGGAAGACUUCACAAUGGAAUACCAUGGGUCAUAACGGUGGCUGCUGGCACUUUGGACCGUGAAUUUCACGGGAAUCUUACUCUUGGCAACGGAGUCCAAAUAACUGGUUUGUCUCUCUAUCAUGGAAACUUCUCCUCUAGCUAUGCUCCAAUUGUUUUCAUGGGGUUGUGCGACAAAGUGAAGGAACUGGCCAAAGUGAGGAGCAAGAUUGUUGUAUGUGAAGACAAUGGAACUAUCAUUGAUGUUCAAGUGUCUAACAUGUAUAAAGCAAAAGUUGUCGCGGCAGUGUUCAUAACAAAUAGCUCUGACAGCUCCUUUUUCUUAGAUAAUAGCUUUGCAACUAUUGUUAUUUCCCCAAUAAACGGGGAAAUUGUAAAAUCUUACAUCAGAAGCACUAACUCUGUAGCAAAAGCAAGCAUGGCUUUUGGGAUGACUGAUUUGGGUACUAAACCAGCACCAAGUGUGGAUAGUUACAGUUCCCGAGGGCCUUCAAGUAGUUGUCCGUUUGUGUUGAAACCGGACAUCACUGCUCCUGGUACAUCAAUCUUAGCUGCAUGGCCUAACAAUGUUCCAGUGGAAGUGUUUGGAUCCCAAAGGAUCUUCACCAACUUCAAUUUGUUAAGUGGCACAUCCAUGGCAUGCCCUCAUGUUGCUGGUGUAGCAGCAUUAUUAAGAGGAGCACACCCUGAUUGGAGUGUUGCAUCCAUUAGGUCUGCCAUCAUGACAACAUCGAUCUGGCUUGAUAACACCUUUGGACCCAUCAAAGACAUUGGUGAUGAUUACAAACUAGCCUCUCCUUUGGCCUCUGGAUCUGGUCAUAUCAAUCCUAAUGGAGCCCUUGAGCCUGGACUUGUUUACGAUGUGGGGGUUCAAGAUUAUGUUAAUCUCCUCUGCGCCCUUGGCUACAACCAGAGGAACAUCACGGCCAUCACAGGAACCUCUUCCAAUGAUUGUUCCAAACCUUCUUUGGACCUGAACUACCCUUCUUUUAUUGCUUUCUUCAAUAGCAACGAUUCAAGGACAACAAAAGAAUUUCAGAGAACAGUGACCAAUGUUGGGGAGGGACAAGCAGUCUAUAUUGCCAGCGUUACACCCGUGGAAGGAUACGAAGUUAGUGUCAUCCCUAAAGUGUUAGUGUUCACCCAGAAGAACCAGAAGUUGAGCUACAAGUUGAGAAUCGAAGGUCCUAGAAGGAAGACACCGAAGAAGGUUGUUUUUGGGAAUCUCGUUUGGACGGACUUGAGACAUGUUGUCAGGAGUCCCAUCGUGGUCACCACCGUCAAAUUCGAUUUCUAG